ACAAGUGGAGCCCUCCCUUUCACGCUCAUUUGAUUGGGGGUCGCGUUGGUGCACCCCAGCCUAUCCAAAGCCCAUCGAUCUUUAUUCGGGGUUUAUAGGGGGCGGGCAAGCACGCUGCUCUGUUCUUCAGAUGCUCCGAGACUGCGAUGCGUUGAAGAGUUGAGGCGUAUCAGUUUGUGGCAAGGACCAGUAAGGACAGGUCGACACAGAAUUGCGCGCAGGAUGUACGACGUGAAGAUCUGCACAUGGACACCAGUGGAUUUUUACAAAUGCUGGAUUAAUAUGACCACUUCGCUGCAUUACCACCAGGCUUUACAAUUUGGGAAUAUUUAACACACGAAAUAAGGAUUUCCCAUAUGCCGGCGAGAAUCAUGUUUUACAAAAUCCUUGCUGUGCUUUUCUUACAAGGAGUCUUGAGGUGUGAUGCUUGGGUCAUAUCCGAGGUCAGCCCCGGAGGUGUCUCGGGCUCCAGCACGGGGCAGUUGAACUCCGGCGGAGUCGCGGCUCGAAAGAAUUCUGACGCGACGGAACCAAAGUCCAGAUCGAAGCGCUGCACCUGUUAUUCCUACAAGGAUAAAGAGUGCAUCUAUUACUGUCAUUUGGACAUCAUCUGGAUCAAUACUCCCGAGCGCACGGUACCCUAUGGAAUGUCGAGCUACCAAGGAUCCCAGCGAAUCCGACGUGCUGUUGCUGGACGACCGAGUGAGCACCAGCAAAGAGACACUCGGCGCUGCCUGUGUGCUUCUCUGGAUGAAGACCCAGAGUGCCAUCUUUUUUGUCAGUCAAGCUCUCUGCAGACUGGGCCAAAACCGAGUCUUCACAGAGUCCCAAGGCCUGGCUGACAGUUGGACACUUCCUCAUCUUGUGCUAUUUUCUUCAGGGAGCGGAUCCAUCCCUCAUCUUCAGCCCAUCAUUCUCUGCUUGGCACACUUGCUUCCACAGGUACACUCCCAUUCAAGGAAAGAACUUUGGAGAUUGACACUAACGACAUUCCUAGGCAUCAUAAUUCUGGGUGCAAGUUCCAUCAGGCCGCGUGCUUUUCAGAACACUUCAGCAAAUUCGAUACAGUUCCCUGGAGGCUAAUCUCUUUUGACUUCUCUCCUGAUCAGCAAAAGGAUUGCUUUCACCUUGAAAAUCCCGUGUGACCUUAUUGCCGUGCUUGAUCAGACUCCCUCUUUGUAUUCAUAUUACGUAAAUAACAUAUCUGCUAACACAUUGUGGAUCAGAGUUUCUUUCAAAGCAAUGAGGUGAGCUGUAAAUGUUCAAUAAGCCAUGGACAACAUUUCUACAUGGAUGUUGGACAACAACAUUUUGAGUUGUGGUUGAAAGUACUGAAGCACGAUGCAAUUUUAUUAUUUCAUAAUAAUGAAUAAUAAUAAAUACUGAGGCACUCUUCUACUUUGUAUAAUGAUGUUUUUCCUGAUGUUAUGUUUAAAAUUAAGGUCUCAUUUUGUACAUAUUUUUAACAGAAUAAUAUAAAGGUAUAUGAAUAUUAUUAAAUAUAUAAACUUUACUCUGUUCUCUGUUACACCAACCUUAACCCAAGAGAAAUGUGAUAUUGUUUGACUUAGGUACAUAUUAUAACAGAGCUCUAUUUUGAGCAACAAUUGGGCGAGCAAGAAAUGAGUAUCAAUACUGACAAUGUGGGCUGGAGGAAUGACUACGUAUGGUUGAAAAAGAAUGUAGUCACAACCCGUGUCAGGGUCAUGCCUAAAUGUCAUGUAUCUCGGAGCCAAAUAUUUAAUUACUUUUCCCUUCAGGAAUGAUUUAUAAUCAUGGUGUACUGCUUGAAUCUUUUUGUUAGAAAUGGAAUGAAUGACUGACAUCGAUGGGGAGGUGAUGAUAGAAUGUGAUGCUCAGUUUCGAUUAGAGCAGGGCUCUCAAACUCCAGUCCUCGGGGGCCGCAUUCCUACAUGUUUUCCGAGUUUCCCUCGUUAAACACACCUGAUUCAAUUCUCAGGCUCCUGCAGAACGUGAGGAUGAACUGAGCAUUUGAAUCCGGGGAAACUUGGAAAACAUGUAGGAAUGCGGCCCCCGAGGACUGGAGUUUGAGACCCCUGAAUUAGAGGAUAGAGUUUUUCAAUAAUGAGAGAAACACGGAAUAACACCAGUGAGAGUUUGUAUGUGCAAUGUGUGUUGGAGGGCAUUAUUAAUAAAUGACAAAACACCUCAAUCGAGAUAGAAUCUUUAUCGCUGGAGAAAAAAUGUGUUGCCCACGGCCCCAGCAGAAUGGGGUUGGACUUUCGUAUGGGGCUUAUUCACAGAGGGAAGUCAGUAAUAUAGAGUGAGAGUCAAAUGGCAACAUUUCCUUCAGCCUCUGGGGCUAGACUUUUUCUUGCCCGACCAAUAAUUACUAGUAGGUCCCACUCGACCACUUGUGCAAGUAGCCUCUUGACAUAAAGGAAGCAAACACUAUUUGCUUGUUUGUCUUGUAUACCUUAGUUCCUACGAUUGUUUAUGUUGGUGGUAUAUUUGUGCUGGGUACGAUAAUAGUGUCAUGAUGUGGUCAACUGGAGAGAGGAAAGGAACACUAACUUUAGUGGGACCUGAAGCUAAUACUGGGGUUACAGUGUUGUGUAUUUAUGAUAAUUUACAAAUGUCUUUUUUAAGCUUCCAUCUAAACUUUUGGUAAAUCAUUCAGUGUAAUUCAAAGAGAUUUAUAAUUAAAAACAAAGCAAACAAAGUA